AUGAUCCUUAAGAAGGGCAACCCUAUUAGCUCGUUGAGUUCGGGUUUUCAUCGACGAAGAUCAGCGCGUCGACCAUCUGGAGGGACAGAGACGCAACCCAGCUCUGACUCUGAGAGCCUCGGCAUGAAGGACCAUCCCAUUGUGACAAGUGCAGAUGACCAGGGUGAGAGCACCUCACCCCUCCCAAAUAUGGCCACCCAAGACUCAGACGUGGAAUACGAGUCGACUUUUGUGUUUGUCCUAGAUAGUCUAGGCCUGCACCAUGGCCCGGUCAAGACAGCGCUGCGGGACUAUCUUCGUCUGGAAGCCCGCGCGAAAGGUGCUGUACCCGCUGAUACUGAUCUCAAAACGUUGGGGGACCCCAUCCAUGUGGAUGCACGGGUCCCGGAGCAACCUAACUAUUGUGACUGCGGCAUCUACCUACUGCAUUUUUUCGAUCGCUUCUUUUCAGAUCCCAAUCAAUUCUCACGCAUUAUACUCGCCCCGCGACGUGGAUUCAAGAAUGCCCCGGAAGUUUCCGAGGCGUGGCAGCAAGAUACGAUCGGAAAGAAACGAAACUGGUGGCGAGAUCAGGUGUUGGCGUUAAGUAUGGAGUGGACCCCACACCAAAGCGAAUCAUAG